CGAAAAUCCCCCCGCCCGCAACACUCUCUGCCUCUACUGAACAUCGCCCCCGCUCUCGUCUUUUUCCACAAGAUACCCUCCCUCCACGCGCACAAGCAAAAGUUGUUCACGCGCAACCCUCGCUCGCAUCCAAAUUAUCAUCACCUCACCCAUUUCACGCACCGCAUAGCUAUCGUAUAUGACAUUACCCACGGUUCACGAGACUCGACAACUUCGAGCAGACACUCCAUCUUUUCAGCAAUCUCCACUACCGCAAUCGCGCGAGACUGGUGAAUUCGUCCCGCAGGAUGUGCCUGUCGGCUCGCAGGUAGCGGCCAAGGCGACACCUUUUGCCAAGUCAUGGGCUCAUUUUGUCGCCGGAGCGCUGGGUGGAACGGCGGCCGCCACGCUCACCGCGCCUUUUGAUGUCCUAAAAACGCGUCUCCAGUCAGACUAUUACCACAAGCAAUUGCUGGCCUCACGCGCAGCACGCGGAAUUCCGUGUCCAUCGUCGAUGUCUUUCACGCGGAGUACGCUUCUGCAUUUCCGCGAAACUUUCCAAAUACUGUUCGCCAUCCCACGCAACGAAGGUUACCGCGCGCUUUUUAAGGGCCUGGGUCCGAACUUGGUUGGCGUGGUUCCUGCGCGCGCGAUCAACUUUUAUACGUAUGGCAAUGGCAAGCGUGUCAUCAGUACUUAUCUCAACAACGGACAAGAGGGCGCAUGGGUCCAUCUUUGCGCAGCGGCUUGCGCCGGCAUUGUUACAGGAACGGCCACCAACCCCAUCUGGUUGGUCAAGACCAGGUUACAACUGGACAAGUCCCACGCAAGCGAGGUUGGCGGUAGGCAGUACAAGAACGCUCUGGACUGCACUUUGCAAGUCGUCCGUAAAGAAGGCAUCAAGGGUCUCUACAAGGGUCUUAGCGCGAGCUACCUUGGUGUGACUGAGAGCACUCUGCAAUGGGUACUUUACGAGCAGAUGAAGAUGAGCUUGGCUGCAAGGCAGGAGAGACUUGAUAUUUCCGGCCGCCAACACACUUUCUGGGACAAGGUCGUCUCAUGGACCGGUGGUCUCGGUGCUGCGGGUAGUGCCAAGUUUAUUGCCACUAUCCUCACUUACCCUCAUGAGGUUUUGAGGACCCGUUUACGUCUGGCGCCUACGGAGAACGGACGGCCUAGAUACACCGGUCUCGUCCAAUGCUUCCGCCUGGUCGCCAAGGAGGAAGGACUUGUCGGCUUGUACGGAGGCCUUACUCCUCACCUGCUUCGUACCGUGCCCAGUGCGGCAAUCAUGUUCGGAACAUACGAGACUCUGCUGAAGUUCUUCGGAACCACGUCGAAAGUUUGAAAACGUCCAAUCCAGGACUGAUAAAAAACCGCCAAGGAGUCGGGUCGAUCGGAUUCCCGCCGACCCAGUGUUCCUGUAAAAUAUUUCAAGAGACGCAUUUGGUGUCGGUUGUACAGGAAUGGCGUUGUCAGGUAUUUGCUAUGGUAUACUCGUCUCAACUCCACGUUGCAUAAAGGGAAGGAAAAGUGUUUUCAGAGCAAGAUGCUCGUUCUUUAGAGGCGUUGUGGAUGCCGUCUGUCCACGCGCCCCAAGCCUGUUGCCGAAGCAGAAGGGCAAGAUUGGCGUUUGUAUAACAGCGGAGCGUUGGGACUGGCCGAACUAUUUGUAAAACCGCCCAUGACACCGCGAUAGGUGCUGUAGAAUAGAAACAGAUGUUAUAACUUAUAGAGCGCCGGUAUCCGUCGUUCUUAGACCAAACAGCAAUGGUAACACCACG